AUGUUCUAUUCACUCAGUCAUAACACGAAACAGCAGGCUGCUAGGGACCCUAAGGGCUCUUCAGCUAUGUCAUCUGGUGCGUGCAGAACGUUUUUGGUCGAGAGCUACAUGAGGGAAACUCCAGAAAGGGCAUUGUACAAGCUGAAGCAGCCUGCAUUGAAACCUGAUAUCUCACAUGUGUUUCAUGAUUCAAAAUUCUCAGAAAUGGGAUAUUCUGGAUCACGGAUAUGUUUUCUAUCUAAAUAUAGCUCAGAUAUGUUUGAUGAUUCAAAAAUCUCACAUCCUGGAUCAGCAUUGAUGACUGCAUUGUUGACUGAAUAUUCCAAUUGUAAUGAUUCCCAGUUUUCUCCAUCAAAACUUGUGUUACAGCUACUCAAAGCUACCAAGUAA